AUGGCUGACUCCGUUGCUUGUAGCACAAUGUAUGAUUUGAUGAUGUUCUCAUGCACAUCCGCUACUAAAAUCUGCUAUCUGUUUUUGAAUAAGCAAGAUAGCCCUGCGUAUGGGUCUUCUGAUGCAUUGUCACAGAAGUUUGUCCAUGGAAAUGUUGUGGUGUUUCCACAGGAUUCUGUCCACUUGCGCAAUGUUCUGCCGCCUGCCCAUGAUGACCUUUCAGAUGCUAUGUGCACUCUAUUUGUGGGAGUUGCUACAAAACCUUGCAGAGAAAACAUUGCGAAGUUGAGACCGGUUCUUGUCUCAAAGCACAGGGUAGCAACCAUGAUAAAGUUCUUGGUGGAAAAUAAUAUUUGGUAUCAAAACGCUGGGGUGUGUUUUAGUCCUGACAAUUUGCAGGAUUCAUUUACAGAGUCAUCCAAUGAAGCUGUUCCAGUUGCCAUUGACAUUUGUCAUCUACCUACCGAUCGUGGUGCAGAUACUUCUACUGCUGGAUAUAUGAACAAUGAAUCAGAUGACUCCUUGCCAUUCAGCGAUGACAACGGUUCCCCCUUGAUGGAUGCUGUUGGUUAUAGUGCAGGUGACUAUACUCCAUCCAACUUCAAACUCGUGAAAGCUGAGGCUCUUGCUCAUGUUCUUGAUGGUAAAAAAUUCAUCUGUAUGCCGAAUGGUUCUCAUUUCAUGAACAAUUGUGACCCUGGUUUGUUGACUUUUCUUUUCCCUCAUCUUGACCCUUUGGGCAUUGGGGGUUUCCAUGAUCCACGGCGCCAUAGAGACUAA